AAAUCUCAAUGUGAAUCGAGAUGUGUUGUUGUUUACACAAAAAUAAUUUUGAAAAAGAACCAUUUGUCAAAAAUUUAGGCCAAAAGCAAGUUUUUGCCGGACAUUCGAUGGUUACUCAUCGCUGGCUUUCAUUUCAGUGCCAGGUUUAAUCACUCCAUGGUUUUAAAGUUCUGUUUUUAUACGAGAUAUGUGAUGUGUAAGGGAGUUUGUUGACUCCAAGCGGACUUAAAGUGGAGUCAAUUGGCACUUGUUGUUCACUCUUCCUGUCCUAUCUCCCAUACGAUGGAAUAUUCUCCGUGGAAGAAAUUAGUGAGGUCAAAAUCGGGACUUCGAAUCGUACUAGCGAAUGAUGAUUGUAGAAGUCCAUUUCUACUCUGUGAACCACCCUGGACACCAGAUAGUGAGUCGAAGAACUGCACUGACUGCAAAUCUAAGUUUGGUUUAACACUGCGCAGACACCAUUGCCGUCGUUGUGGAAGGAUUUAUUGUGGACACUGUUGUUCUACAAGACUACCAUUACCGCGUAUGAGCUUUGUUGAUCCAGUUCGAAUGUGUGAACAGUGUGCUGAUCAAACUUCGCAUGAACAGGAUUUCUUUCAGCGCCACUUAAAAGUGCUGACAAAUGGAGCGUCCUUUGUGUCGGAUUCAUCUUUAAAUGGAACUGAUCUCAUGUUAUGCAAGCUGACACCUGAUCACAGAUAUCUCAUGUUUGAUGGCACAUCCCAGGACCCUAUUGAUAUUCUUCUAAUUAAAUCUUUUAGCGUCUCAAAGGAUGUAGAUGUCUUAGAUUGCUAUGAGGAUUUUAACUCAGGUGGAAGCAGUAUGCAGCUAGUGUUUACUACGCAGGAAGAUAGUGAGAAGCACUUAAAACUCACAACAGGACCGGAUGCCUUGCGGAAGAUGGGAAGCUCAUGGAUACUUGCAAUGCAGCAGGCUCUGAAGUUCUUGUAUAAUAUGGAAAACAGCUGAAAAUGGGACACCUUCUCUCACCAGCAUCAAGAUCACUGUGCAAACCCCACAGUUUCCUUUUUUUGUAAGAAGUAUUCCCAAAUUAUCUCUCUUACUGUCAAUGUACCUGAUCACAAUUUUUGUGCUAUUUUAUCCUAAAGUUGUUUUGAUUUGGUGGGUUUGUUUCAUUUUCUCCCGUGUUUGUUUCAAAAAUGGGACCCUUUUUCAUAUUUUAUAAUCCUGUUUUCUAUGCUGAUCAAAAGAUUAUUUAAAGAAGGGAUUGUGAAUGGCUUAUUAUUGAUUUUAACUUAGUUUUGGGCCUUGUUUGAUUGCUGGUUGAAUUGGGCCUUUUGUUGUACUUGCCGUGAUAGUGUUAGUAAAAGUGAUAUGACUGGAAGUGUCAUGUCAGAAAUUUGUUUUGGUCACUUUGUUUACAUAAUGCCAUCUUUAAGUUUGUUGCCAUUUUGCUGCAGUGCCAUCUCAAAAGACACUUGAAUCUCUAAGUUUUUGAGCCAUUCGUAUCAAUAUCCAUGUCUUCAUUCCAUUUUGUGAGAACACAAUUUGUAUUCCUCUUUUUAUUAUUAUCAUCUUUUUAUUAUAGUAUGAAAACUUUAUUUUUUAGACACCAUGAAUGCAUUUAUAAUAAUCAAUUUCACCUUUUUUUGUUGGUUCUAGUUUAGAGGGACUUUAUGAUAUUAUUUCUUUCAUUUUCAAUUGUUAUUAGUUUACUACAUAAGUUUUAAUUUUUCCUUAUACACUUGUUUUGAAUCUCGAAUGCUUUCUUCCAAUCAUGGAAGGCACAUCGAUGUCAGAAAAGUAUUCAAUCCUGCACUUUUCAAAAAUUAUUUGGAUAAAGGUUGCCCCUCCCUAAAAUCCAAUGAUGUUUGUUCGCCAUCUUUCAACAUGUGCUAUGCAUAGCUGCAUAGUCUAACAUAAUUUUAAACUUCUUUUUUAAAAAAUUCCUUGUAGGAAUUAGAUUUUAAAAAUAUUCCUUGUAGGAAUUAGGUUUAUCUGGGCAUAUUGGGAUAUCAUGUUGGGCUUGUAGGGCACCUUAGCAUAUUUAUUAACAAUUGUAAAGACUUUAAAACUAUAUUUUAUGUAUGAAAUAAAACUGUAGAACUUUUA